GAGCUGAUGGUGGAGGAGGCAGAGCCGUACAUGUGUGUCUGUCUGUGGACAGAGUGGUGUGUGUGUGUGGUGCUGCGGAGAACCUUGUAUCUGUGCUCCUGGGGAGAGUGAGCAGUGCAGGAGGCAGAGCGCUCGUUGUGCCUGUGCUGAGAGGAGCCGGCAGUGCAGUGGAGCCAGUGUCCGUGCUCUGUGUCCGCCGUCUCUCGUCCACGUUGGCUUGGCCACCGCAGCCGCCCACCAUGACCCAGCCACGGAGCGGGCUGGUGUCUGACAUCCAGACCCGAAUUUGCAACGACAGCUUCAGCAACCACUACGUACUAGUGGGCAAAGAGCUCGGCAGAGGCAAAUUUGCAGUCGUUAAAAAAUGCACUGAAAAAGCUACAGGAAAGGACUAUGCUGCCAAAUUUAUGAGAAAAAGGAGGAAGGGUCAAGACAGCCGAAUGGAAAUUAUUCAUGAGAUUGCUGUAUUAGAAUUGGCCAAAUCCAAUCCAUGGGUCAUCAACCUGUAUGAGGUGUAUGAGACAGCGUCAGAAAUGAUUUUGAUUUUGGAAUAUGCUGCUGGUGGUGAGAUUUUUAACCAAUGUAUAGCUGAGCGAGAAGAGGCCUUCAAAGAAAAAGAUGUCCAACGACUCAUGAGACAGAUUUUGGAAGGUGUUGCUUUUCUGCACAGAAAUAACGUAGUGCACCUUGAUUUAAAACCUCAAAAUAUUCUUCUGACGAGUGAAACACCCCUGGGAGAUAUUAAAAUAGUUGAUUUUGGCCUUUCGAGAAGAAUCAGUAAUAAUGAAGAGCUGAGGGAAAUCAUGGGAACACCUGAAUAUGUAGCUCCUGAAAUUUUAAAUUAUGAACCAAUUAGCACUGCAACAGAUAUGUGGAGUAUAGGUGUUCUUGCAUAUGUCAUGCUGACGGGGAUCUCGCCUUUCUUGGGAGAUGACAAGCAAGCAACUUUUCUCAACAUUUCUCAGAUAAAUCUCAGUUUUACAGAUGAAGAUUUUGAGCAUGUCUCCAAACAGGCCAUAGACUUCAUUAAGUCACUUCUUGUAAAGGAACCUGAAGAACGAGCUUUAGCUGAGGAAUGUCUUGAACACCCAUGGAUGGCACACGAAUGCGAUGAAACUGGAUUUGUCACGGGAAGUUCAGUCGGCCCCCCCGAAUCCACAGUUUCAGAAGAAUCAGAAAGGCAAAGUCAAGACACUGAGGAGCUUAUUGUCAUGGCAUCAUACACACUGGGACAGUGUAGACAGUCGGAGAAAGAAAACCUAAAAACGGACCAAAAAGCCAUUUCCAAACGCUUCAAGUUUGAAGAGCCCUUCAAUACCUUACAGGAGAUUUCGGGAGAGUUUAUCUAUUGAGUAAUGAGAUGAAGCACUCUAUAUUUGACAGUACUUUUUAUUUCUUCCUCUGCGGAUAUUCAAGUAGAAAAAAUUUAAUGUCCAAACACCAAAAACGAAUGUGCCUAUCUUAUGGAUUUAAUAUGCAUGAAAUGCUCAGACUAAAGCCAAACAAAGAGCUGUAAGAGAUAGUAUAUAAUUGAUGAACAUUUCGAGGUGCAGUUGGUGUUGGUUUCACAAAAGGUGGCUAGCUGUGUAUCGUGGGGAAAUUAUUGGUUCUAUUUGCACAGUGGGUGGUGACUGAUCGUGGGGGCUGGUGAAUAAAAGUUCUGAAUAGAUUCUUUAAGCCAUUGUACAGUUAGCAAUAUAUUUUAAACGUGCAAUACUUGUGAGUAAUGCACUUGAUACUUCGUAGGGAAUCUGAAAAUACCUGUUUUCUGCAAAAAAUUGUUCGCAAAUAAUGCACGUUUGACUUUGUUACCAACUGGAACUAUUCGCAACAUUCCUUAAUUUUUUUUAUGUACAUGAUUUAUACAACUAGAGUUGGUGUUCUUGAUGGCUUUUGUCAUAGUUGAUUUAUAUUACUAUUUUUUGAAUAAUAUUGAUUGUGUAUGUAUUUUUGUUCAAAUAGUUUUUAUGAUAUUUUGCUCAAGAUUUCAAUGAUAGGUGCAACUGUUGUGCCUUGCAGAUUAGAAAUUAAUAUAGUAUUCAUUAUGCAGAUGACUGCAAAAUAGUUUAGUUAAAUAUACAGCGAUUUGUUGGUAACCUGGAUAACUUUUUGGAACAAUGAACACAUUUUGUUGGUUUUGAUUAGUUAGAAAGCUUUUACGAAAUCACUUUUCUAAAUACCUUUAUUUAACUUGCUUAAAAUGAAAUGCCCAUACUACUCUCUGCAGGCAAUUGAAUAGAGUACAAUACUUUAUUGCACUGUACUGUGCAAUAGUCAUUACAGGAGGCUUGUCUCGAGAGGUUCACGCCAAUGGAUCAGGCACAAAGUUCUGUUCAGCAGCUGGUGUUCAUGCCAAGUUGUAUUUAUUCCAAUUCCUAAUUGUAUAGCACAAAUGUAUAAUCUUUUGCAAUACUCUCCCUGUCUUUAAAACAAAAAAUAACUUGGGGAUUCCUGACCACAGUCAUGUUUUAAUUAUGUUUUUAAAAAGUAAAGAUUUUUUUAAGGUGAUCUUAAUCUUGAAUCUUAAGUUUAUCUUAAAUCCAGUUUUUGUUCAUUUCCCCACAUCUCCUUACCCAAUACCCGUUCACAAUAAAGUGCUGCUCAUUCUCAUACAAAUGUUAACCUGAAAAUGAGCAGCUACAUUGAAUAAUUGGUUCUUUUCAGACUCUGAAGUGUUUAAUCUGGAACUUCCAGUCUGCAGGAUUCAUCUGCAAGUGGUGCUCAAUACAUUCGUAUCUGAAAGAACAUUCCUUGUGCUACUGAGAAUAUGUUUGUUUCUGUAUUUAAAAAGUCAGCCAGUUUUCUUGAUGUAAAUUUCCCUCUGAGUUUAAGGUAGCAAUAUUUUCUUGAUUAUCUUGUUUUCUAAACAAUGUUGUGUUGAACUUUGCCUUUAUUUACAGGUCAAUACUGUAAAAUUAAUCAACUGCUAGCCAGUGCUUGUACCUAUGAUAUUGUGAAACCAUAUUCUACGAGGGAAAAUACAGCAGUUUCUGUAUUUUCAUCAAAGAUGUGUAUAAUUCCUUUAAUAAACAUAUCUGGAUGCAUUGAUUU